AUGGAUACCAAACUCGCAUGGGUCGCUCAGUCAGUGGAUACGUUGUAUUCUUUGAUUGGUAGAGACCCCUUCAUCCUAAAAAACAUCGACGCUUUUCCUUUUGUACACUCUCCGCUACACGAAGCAUCAGCUACUGGCAAAUUAGCCAUGGCUCUAGAGCUAAUCGUUUUAAUGCCCUCCUUUGCACGUAAACUAAAUACCCGAGGGUAUAGUCCCUUGCAUCUUGCCGUGGAAAACGGUCAAGUGGAGAUAGCACAAGAGCUCGUGAAGAUGGAUCCCAGUCAUGUUCGCCUCCGCGGCAGAGGAGGCGCAACACCACUGCAUCAUGUAGUGGAGAAAGGUGAUGUAGAUCUCCUCACGGAGUUUCUCAUGGCUUCUCCCAUGAGCAUCGUGGACGUGAACGUAAAAGGUGAGACGGCUCUACACGUCGCGGUCUGGCACGGUAGAUAUGGAGAGCUCAAAGUACUGACCGGAUGGAUCCAAAGAAUGACCCACCGUAACGCUGCGUCAAUGGAGACUGAGGUCCUAAACAAACAAGAUCUGGAAGGCAACACUGCCUUGCACAUUGCAGCAUCUGAUGACAAACACCAGGCAUGUACAUGA